UCUCUCUCUCUGUUCCAAAAAUCGCGUUCCUACCAUCUCAACAAAGCCCUUGCGCCAAUUUUGACUCUCGGAAAUUUUGGGCAUUCGAUUCGGUAUCUCGGUGGUUGAUUUUCAAAAAUCCUUUGAAAAAACGACCUUUCGCUAUUCCCAAUAGCCACCUAACCCCAUCGGAAACAACCACCGAUUUUCUCCUCCGGCCCCGAGAAAGAACCAGAAAAAAAUAAAAAAUAAAAAAUUACAAAUACUUGUAUUUGGGUUGCAGAGCUUCGGAUGAAGUACUACUAUUGCUGCCAUUGGAAUAGAAAUCAAGAAGAAAAUGUCAAACAUACCCACAUCUCUCUCUGAAGUCUGCCUUACAAUCUCCCGUCUGACCAUGUCCGAAGCUGAUCCAUGGCCUUUUUCAUGAACCGCACCAGAAUCUGAAGCCAAAAGCCAAAUUACACUACUCUGAAACCAAGAAAUACGUACAGAGCCCAAAUAAACAAAACCCAAUCUCUCUCUCUCUCUCUCUCUCCCCCUCUGAGGCUUAGGCUUAGUUUUACUCUGUUUUUUGUGUUUUUAAUUUCACAACAGAGAAUGAGAAAGAUACGCGGUUUCAAGCUUGGAAAGCGCCUUUUCCGGGUCACCAGAUGGAUCAUUCGCAGAACCCGGAACCGAUCCGCAUAUCAUCGCCUGGGUCAACCAUCGUCGCCUAGCAUGUCUAAGCCUAUAGCUAAGCUCCUCACAUGGGGUCGCCGGUUGACAAGCGGAGCCAAAUCUUUAUGUUCGAUGAAGCCCGGGUCGGGUUACGUCCCUGUGGGCCACGACCUGGUUGAGAACAAGGCCGCAACGGUUCCUAAGGGGCACUUGGCGGUGUACGUUGGGCAAAAGGACGGCGACUUUCACAGGGUUUUGGUGCCAGUGAUUUACUUCAACCAUCCCCUGUUCAGUCAAUUGCUGAGGGAAGCUGAGGAAGAGUACGGGUUUCAGCACCAGGGUGGCAUAACCAUUCCCUGCCGGAUCUCCGAGUUUGAGAAUGUCCAGACCAGGAUCGCUGCAGGGUCCGGUAGCCGGAAAAUGUCGUGGAAGCGCCAUGUUUAAGGUCCAUGGGGACCAAAAGAUUCCAGUUCAUUAUUAUGAUGAUGAUGAUGAUAUUAGUGUUUUUGAUUAGUUAGUGGUUUUGUUUUCAAUUUUACCGUUUCUUUUUUUCUUUUUUCUUUUUUAACGGAUUGUGAUUUUUGAUAUAUAUGGUGUAAUAGAUUUUAGACAUGUAUAUAUGAAAUUUUUGUGUUUCUUCA